CCCAAAUUGAAUUCAAAACGUGAACGCGAAAGUCGUGGGGGAAGGAAAACAACAGUAACCGCGCUACGACCGUGCCGGUCUGCUCCUACUAAUAGUGUAAGACCUAAAGAUAAACUGACAAACGACCAAAAGACGGCCUCUACCGGUGAAUGAAAAUGAAAUGCCACUUCGACAGAAACAUGUGCUGGUUGCAGCUCGGUAUCGUUAGUCCUUAGUGCGGAGGGGCGUUAGUACGAGACAUGUGGCCUAAAUACGAAACUAGGUUAUAGCCGAAUGUGCGCGGGUGACUAUUGUGUGAACUUUACUUUUACGGUGUGAUUAUGAUUUGUUAAUUUUCCACUAGCGUAAAUCUAUUAAAAGUGUGUGAUUCUCCAAUCAAAAUGGCGAAGAAAACUCCAGAAAAAGCUGACUACCUGGACAUUUCCGGGGAUGCCAUCGCAGACGGUAAGGCUGACUCAUCCUCGGGAGUCAAAAUGAAGAAAGAGCUGUCGAUGAUGGAUGGAGUCGCGAUUAUAGUAGGUGUAAUCAUAGGAUCUGGGAUUUUCGUCAGCCCUAAAGGGGUUCUGAUGUUCUCUGGAUCUGUGGGACAGGCGAUCAUUGUGUGGAUCAUGUCAGGGGUACUGUCUAUGAUCGGAGCAUUGUGCUAUGCAGAGUUAGGCACGAUGAUUCCCAAAUCAGGAGGCGACUACGCUUACAUAAUGGAAGCGUUCGGACCACUACCAGCCUUUCUCUAUCUUUGGAUCGCCUUGUUCAUCCUAGUUCCAACUGGAAACGCAAUCACAGCCAUCACGUUCGCCCAGUAUAUACUUCAGCCUGUUUGGGGCGACUGUCCAGCACCAUACGAGGCUGUUAGGUUGCUUGCUGCUGCUACCACCUGCAUUCUCACGGUCAUAAAUUGCUACAACGUAAAAUGGGUAACAAGAGUCCAGGAUAUCUUCACAGCAACAAAAAUAUUCGCACUUUUAAUCAUCGUAGCAGCUGGAGUGUACUACCUUUGUACGGGCCACGUGGAAAACUUCAAGAAUCCUAUGGAAGGGACUAGGUGGCAACCUGGAUAUAUAGCUCUUGCUUUCUACUCUGGCUUGUUCUCGUACUCUGGAUGGAAUUAUUUGAAUUAUGUUACAGAAGAGCUGAAGGAUCCUUAUAGAAAUCUACCUCGUGCCAUCUGCAUCUCCAUGCCAGUAGUGACCUUGGUCUACGUUAUCACGAAUAUAGCCUACUUCGUGGUUCUGAGUCAAGAAGACAUUCUUUCAUCAGAAGCCGUAGCUGUGACCUUUAGCCGAAAAAUGCUGGGUGCCUUUUCGUUUGUAAUGCCCAUAUUCGUCGCUUGUUCAACGUUUGGGUCAUUGAACGGUGCCAUUUUUGCAUCUUCCAGACUGUUUUUUGUAGGAGCUAGGGCUGGACAUCUGCCCUUGGCCAUUUGCCUUAUCGAUAUUAAAAGACUGACUCCUGUGCCUUCAUUGGUUUUUAUGUGUAUUAUAACGCUCGCUUUAGUGGUGAUAGAAGAUGUCUACGUCUUGAUCAACUAUGUAUCGUUCGUGGAGGCUCUUUUCAUCACAUUAAGUGUAACAGGUCUACUCUACAUGCGCAGAACACGGCCUAAUGCCGUACGACCGAUAAAGGUAAACUUGGCGUUACCAAUAAUCUUCCUUCUGAUCUGCACCUUCCUGGUAACAUUUCCUUGCUACGUCAGCCCAGUAGAAGUAACAGUAGGGCUGGUCUUCAUAUCCUGUGGCAUUCCAGUCUACUACCUGACAAUCGGCUGGACGAACAAGCCAAGAUGGUUACAAAGAAUGUUCAAUAAUUUCAACAGUUGUUGUGCCAAGCUGUUCCUUUGUGUACCUGCUGAAGAUGAUAGAGACUUGUGACUUGAUAUUGUGUUGUGAUUGCUUCCAUUUGGCGGACCGUGAUUGGUAGAUGUUAAUUCAUCUUCUAUUCUAUUCACCUGAAUACAAGGAUCGACGAGGCCAUGCCCCCCCCUAGGCGGACCAGUGGUUCAGAGGGCACCAUUUGCGCGAAAAAAGUAUGAAGAUUUCUUAUUAUGUUACUGGUUGACCGAUUUUUAUGAGCCAUACCUCAUUAGAAAGCUAAAGAAAUUCUCUUUAAAAAAUUGCAUCAAAAAUUGACAAGUGUCAAAAAUUGAAGAUGGUGGUACUAUACCUUAACGGUCUUUACAAAAUGUUAGCAUAAUUAUAUUCCUGAGUUCAGAACAAGCCGAUUUGAAGUAACUUACCUUUGUCCAAAAUUGCUCUGAUUCCGAGAUACAGGAUGGUAAAGUUAGAAAAUAAAAGUCCUUUUAAUUCAUGGAAAUUUCUUAACGUAGAUAUUACUUCAGAAAUUGGUAUCCGGGGGUGUUUUGGGAUGCGAAACCCGAAUAUGGACAUCGUGGCCGCUAGAGGGCGCUUCACACUGCACUUCAGAUCGUUUUAAAUGGCCAUCACUUUUUUCUCAGUGAGGUUUUUUACUAAAAAAAAACAAUUUCCUGGAUAGUUUUAAGCAAAAAAGGCAUUCUCGCUAAAAUAGGGUAUGGUGAGCAGUUUUUGGGAAAUUGUCAAAUUGUCAGGUUGUGGGGACACUAAAACAAAAAUGCUCAGAAGUUUACAAAAACUGAAUAUGUGAUAAUGAACAGUUUUAUCCUAUAAUGAGAAUGUGAAUCAAAUUUAGUAAAAAUAGCUGUAGUCUCAAAGAACUUAUGACGAAGAAAUGAUAUUUUUUUUAAACACUCAAGACCCUGUAUCUCGAGAAUUUAAUCAUUUUUCGCUGCAUCUUUAUAGAAAAAACAAUGUUUAAUUUUAAUUUGACCUAACUCUUUUGACAGCGAACUUCUAGGACCUAAUAUGAAUAAAAUUAAUAUAUUAAAAAAAUCAUUACCAGAUGAGGUUUAAAUACAAUAUAAUUUUUGCAGAAAGUCUAAGAUUAGUUUUUACAAAUCAAAACCCAAUCUAUUAAAAGUGAAAAUAAACAGCAAAUAAACGUUUAAGGUGUAAUUAAAUAAAUAAAAAUGUCGCUUGUUGAAUGGCUAGAAACUAAUGAACGAAUCCCCAAUUGUUUACCCCUGUUACCAAGGCUCUGAAAAUUCUUCACUGGUCUUCCAAAAGUUCUUGUUGAUUCUUGCUCUGCAGUAACAGUGCGGUUUUCUUGGAAGGCGGAAAUUCUUAGUUCAACCAAUCCUCAUUUUUCUUUAUCAAAAACUUCUAUGACAGGGUUUCCAUCUAAUUUCGACAUUUUUUAUAAAAUUCGUCAUAUAUGUGUGUCCAAUGUUUGUGGUGUAAAAAUAUAACUUGAGCGUUUUUGACAGUUGAACUCUGCUUUUAUUUCUGUUCAAAUAUACUCGUUCAAUAAGUUUAUAUUUUUCAUUUUGGUUGGUUUCUGUCGCGCACUAAACUCAAAAAAGUUAUCUACAAAAGUUGCCAAUAUUUCAGUCGCACAUUUUGAACUUGUUUUUAAAACAUGGAAAUACCUGCACGUUUUUAUCGGAACAUAUUAGUGUCAAACUUGCACGGAUUUACUAAAAAAUAUGCGACAACAGUGCAAAGCAACUGUCAACAUUCCUUUCAAAUUCAGUUGUUUUUCCAAACGUCAAAUAUUAUUGAACUUAAUAGGUCAGAGCCUUCUGUGAUUACAGUUACGUCAUAGGGCACGCCUAAAUUUCAACAAAGUUUAGGAUGAAAAUUGAUAAAAAAUUGAAGUUAAAUAAAUGAGAGAUGAAAUAAUGAAAGAAAAAAGGAAAUGUUCCAAAUAGGUAAUUUUGGGUUUAAUAAUAUAUUUUAGCAAAAAAAGUAAAGAGAAAUAUAAUAUUUAUACUUGGUUACUAUUUUCGCGGGAAUGGUGCCCUCUGAAGCACUGAUCGCCACUACGUACUGGCAUCUUUAAAAGGGAAAUGGAGUAUAUGACGAUGGAAAUUGUAUGUGGAAAAAAAGUGUUCCGCCAAUCAGCUACUGUUCACAAGAGGUAUGUCUUCCGAAUGCGACCGUUGUUGUAUUUGUGAUGUUUGAUAUUCAAACGUCAUUUAUCAAGUUUGUGCGUUUAUUUGUACGUAGAAUUUGUACAAGAAUAGUGACACUAUUCAAAAAAAGCUUUUUUUUCAGGAGAGACAUUUUCUAUAGUUUUUGAAGAACAAUUUUGGAUAAUUGAAGAUAAAGUUAAUAAAUGGGAUUUUGAAAAAUUAUUAUUGAACUUUCAGAUUAAUUGAAUUAUAGAUCAGUAUGUUUUCAAAAAUAUCCCAUUUUGUUACUUUCUUUGCAACUUUACAGGAAUGUGACUUCAUUCCUAAGAAAAAUAAUACAUUUCUAAAAAAUAUAUGACAAACAAUUCGUGGUUACAGAACAAAGAGGGGAAAGUUUAUUUUAGUAUUACUACCAAUGAUACACAACUAACAACAUUUUAAAGGCUACGAGGUACUAAAUAAAUCGAAGGUAAGUACAGAAAGAAAAUAAGUACAAUACAAAAAUUGGUUACAAAUUAUUGUAAAAUUCCUCAUAGUAUGAGCGUAUUAUAUUCUUUUUACUAAAUUAAGUAAGACGCUUUUCUUUUUCCCGGAAAUGGGAAUCUUACGUUUGUAUGCUUUAUUCAGAGUAACUGUAGGGCCUCUUUUUAUUGCUUCGUUUUUCUUAGAUCUUCUAUAAGAUUUUUUAUCUACCUCAAUUUUACGAAAGUCAGUCUCACUGUAGGAGUUUUUGUAGAAAAUGUUCCAGAAUGUUGAGAUUCCACCCUUAUUAUUUUAACAUCGGAUAGUUUGAAUGACUCACUUUCCGAAUUUUUAUGUUGUAGGAAUAUAGUGAGAAUGCACUGUAUGUCACUAUUCUGGAUUAACACGAUCGGUUAUUAGCUCUAAUAUGACGUUAUUCUUGAGAAAAAUAUAGGUAUACGCUUUGAAAGUCAAGCCGCAACUGCAAUAAUGAUAUUAUUCAUGACAGAACCCCAAAACAUUCAAUAUUAACGACACUAGCGCCAUCUCUGGCGAAAACAUCGAAACAAUUGCAAAUGUCUUUAUUCCUGAUAAAAUAGUCAACAUUUCUGCAGUUUUCAUUGAUUUUUCUCGUUUUUUGGAUAGUGCCACUAUAUCGAAGACAUUUAGACAAUAAGAUUGUUCUUAGGAGUGAUAAAAGACAGGGUUGCUACUUUUUUAUUGUUUGAUGGUAUUUGUUUUUGAGAUUGUUGAUAUUGAUGGAAUAAUGUACUUAAAGCUUUUCGUACACUUCACACUUGACGUUAUAAUAAUUACAUUUCAUUCAUUCACAGAUAACGCUUCUUCUAUACGAAUUUGAAAUAAAAUGAUGAUGACGUUUAAACGUAUUGCAUUUAUGAGUCUGCAUUUUUAGUGUACAAAAAAAUUAACAAACAAUGAAGAUUGAGUGUAAUUUGGUAAAAUCGCAGCCAUGUUCAUAGCCAUUAUACAGGAUGUUCGGAAAAUAGACGGAGAUAUUUUAGAGGAUGAUUCCUUGUUAAAGAAUACAUAUAAAAAAAGUUUACAUAAACAUGGGUCCGAAAAUGUGUUCAAAAUGCAGGGUGAUGAGUUUUUUGCAUUUUUUAAUGAUAUCCUGAAAUAUAUUUACUCCAUUCUGUUGGAAUUUGUUGUAUUUAGAGGCUAAUUUAGCUCUAUAUAGAUUAAAAUUGUUGGGUCCAGUGGCGUCCCGGGGGUACCGCAGCGCAUAUUAUUGGCAAACAAAUGUACGCAACAUUUUUUAUAACUUUUUUGAUUAAGCAUCUGAAAAUACUACUUCUUUGCCUCUCGUAUUUUUUCGUACCUCACUUCGUUUUCGAGAAAAAAAAUAAAAACCGUUCUAUUGCAUUUAUUUUUAUAUUAAUUUUUGCACAAAAAAUCAUUUCUGCAUACAGGUUUGGCAUAUGCGAGUCAGUUCCUCUAGAAAAGAAUUACUCGCGUAAUUUUAUUUGCUAAAUUUCUAUAAAAAUUAUUUUUUUUUCAACUUAUCACCUGUAUCUCGAAAACGCAUUUCCGGACCCAUCUUUAUACAAUUUUUUUUUAUAUUCUAACAAGGAACCACCCUCUAAAAUAUUUCCGUCUAUUUUUCGAACACUAUAUUUUCUGUUUGCUUAUUAAUUUUACUCUUUAGUUUUUAGUGUAUUACUACAGUGUUGAAAUGUGUUCCAAAUUUUAAACAACUAAUAUAAAUGAUACACAGUGAUGAAUGAUCAUAUAGGCUCAUACAGUUGGUUACAGCGGCGUCUAUGAGACACUUACCUUUUCCAAAUAGAUUUCUAAUUAUUGUGGAGAAAAGAAACAUAGCUAUGAAAAGUUCUCAUAGAUGGCGCCACGGCAACUCAUUUCAUCUCGAAUAGUUUUUUGAACGCCGGUCAGUAGAUGUCUUAUGGGGAUUCGGUCUCAAAACUUCCAAAAUCCGCCACCAGAGGCGCUGGCGUCGCGCGCCAUUGACAGGUUGUUGGACGGAAUCUGUAUUCAUGAG